AUGGUCUGUUCUUUCUUUCUUUCUUUUCCCUCUCGUGCUUUGUUCAAGGGCUUGUUGACAGUUGAAACUGCUUUCUCUCUCUUUGAUAUAGCGGCGUUCCGCAUACGUAGACAUUUGCAAGACGUCUUACAGGCCCGGUCAAGACUAAUUUUCUCUUUCGCUCUUCGUUUCUGUUUUCUUCUUUUCACGUGGUCAAUUUUCAAAAUACUAACUUUUUCACAUUAUGGCUGGAAUGAGGUCAUCGACCCUCUCUCUCAUCUUCAGGGUCAGAGAAGGUUUAGUUUAAAGUGUUUCAACUUCUCCCAACCAGAAUCUAUCCGCGUAAAUCAUGCUGUCAACACCUUGACCAAAAGAGAAGGAAAUGGUACACUCUGUUCAAUCCUUGGCGCCACUAAAUCUACCUAUCUCUUUGGGUUUACUAUCUUUACAUUUUCUGCAAAUACUGGGCUCUUUAUUUUAGAAUGCUUCUAA